ACAAGAUGACCGCUACGCUCUGGGUCGUGCUUAUCUUGGGGCUAUCAACGAUCCAUUAUGGGGCGGCUUCCUACGAGUAUCAGAUUAAAACGAUCGACGUCCCAAUCGAUCACUUUACAUUCACAAGCGAAGCUACCUUUAAGCUGCGCUACCUGAUCAACGAUACGUACGCUCAGAAUGAUCCAAACAGUCCGAUACUGUUCUACGCCGGAAAUGAAGGUGACAUCGAACUUUUUGCCCAAAACACUGGCUUCAUGUGGGAGCUGGCACCAAAGCUGAAGGCAUCGCUGCUCUUUAUCGAACAUCGCUUCUACGGCCACUCGAUGCCUUUCGCCAACGCUUCGUUCGAUUCGCCGAAGAAUCUUGGCUAUCUUACAUCGGAACAAGCGCUGGCAGAUUUUGCCUUUGUACUCCGUACGCUAAAUCCACCCAGCGAUACGAAACGAUCCCGACCGGUGAUUGCUUUCGGCGGUUCGUACGGUGGUAUGCUGGCCGCCUGGAUUCGCAUCAAGUAUCCGCAUUUGGUGGCGGGAGCAAUCGCUGCAUCCGCCCCAAUCCGACAGUUCCAGGGCGUGACACAGUGCGGUAUUUUCAACCAAAUUCUCACAUCCGUCUAUCAGGUAGCGUACAAUGCGGAGUGUGCACACAACAUUCGCCGUUCGUGGACCACGCUGCAAAACUAUUCGACCACCGCGGAUGGGUUGCGGGUGUUGAACGAAAAGUUUAAAUUCUGCACCAACCUUACGAAAGCGACGGAUGUAACGGAAACGUUUUUCGACUAUCUUGCCGAUGUGUACGGCAAUCUGGCGAUGAUCAACUAUCCGUACGAAUCGAACUUCCUUGCACCGGUGCCGGCCUAUCCUGUGCGAGAGUUUUGUGGCCGGCUGGAUAAAAAUUAUACCGGGGCCGAGUUGCUGGAUCAUUUGCAGUCUGCCCUGUCGAUUUACUACAACUACGAUGGUAAGGCCACCUGUCUCAACAUCAACUCUUCGUACGAUGGAAGCGGAAUCGGUGAUAGCGGUUGGGACUUCCAGGCCUGUACGGAGAUGGUCAUGCCGAUGUGUGCGGACGGUGUGCACGAUAUGUUUCCAGCACAGCCCUGGAAUCUUCAAAGCUACUCAGAGAAAUGUUUCAAAAAGUAUGGCAUUCAUCCGCGUCCGGCCAAUGCGCUCGUUAACUACGGUGGAGAAUUUCUCGACGCCAGCAUCACCAAUAUCGUCUUUAGCAAUGGUUUGAUGGAUCCCUGGUCCGGAGGUGGUGUGCUGCGUUCGUCCAACGAUAACAUCAAGAUUGUGCUCAUUCCCGAAGGUGCGCAUCAUAUCGAUCUGCGUGCAUCGAACGCGAAUGAUCCGGGCUCGGUAACACGUGCCCGUGCCGUACACGUUCAAAACAUACAAAAAUGGCUAACCGAGUACCGGAAGCAGCAUAAGGUGUACUAGCAAAUAUG